AUGUCGUUUCUUGAUACUACUGAAAUCAUCGCAGCCUUGAAGACCUUUGUGGCACAUCUAUGGUCAGCCAAUUUGGAGACAGUCCAGAAUAUUUACCGUGUCAAUCCCUCUGCUCUGACGGCUGGAUUGUUGCUGAACAUUUGUACUUAUGGUGCCAAACCCGGAGUUGUGAACAACUUGGUUACUCAGCAGUCCGACCUGGUCCAACAAGCGGGUCCCGAAUUUUUUGGCAUGGAUCGUGACCCUUUUCCUAUCCUCAAAUCAGAAUUUCCAUCCCGAUCCGAUGCGUUGCAAUGGAGGUAUUCCCGAGAACUCAUGACAGCUGUCUUUCGGUUGUGUGCUCAAGAAUACGCAGCACAACCUUUCUCCGGAGACAAAUACACACUACUGUUUGAUGAUGCUAUUUUUGGCCGCACAAUUUUUCCCCCUCCAGGGCAACGGUUCUCUUUGAGAUCACCGUAUCCACCCCCCUUGCUCCGCACGGCAUUAGAUCUGGAUUGCAUCACUGCCAUGUGCUCAGCAGGUCUGCUCAAGUAUUUCAACACCAACAAAUGUGGGCAAUGGGAACCCACAGCGUUCCUGCAACUUGUCAAGUACUUCCUCAGCAAUCCAAAACAAACUGUCCUCAACAUGGGCGCUUUUCCAGACUCUGCUGCUCUGCACAAAGAAAACUUGCCUUCAUUCUUCAACAAUCCAACCUACAAGGCAUUGUCGGAAAAUUGCACCAUUGCCACUGUUGGUUUGAAUCUUCCCCCUAAGACAAAUCCUCUGGCGGUGAGCUUUUUUCAAGAUUCGGUCGCAUUAAUGCCUCAGCUGGUCAAUCUGCUGCUGUGCCUCUCAUCAGAUGGUCUACAAAUUGCAGCUCCAACCAUCCGCCACCUCUUGGCAAAGGAAGGCACCACUCUGGUGGAUCUGGUCACUCGCAUCACCGAACACAACGACAAUAGUAAUAAAGAGCAGAGUCUGCAGGUUGUUCUGGAAGUGUUAAAGACCAACAAGACCCUCCAAAACUUUGCCUUUCGCAAUGACCAGGGUCCAGCAUUAGUUCAAACCUAUGAAAAGUGCCUUGUCGAUGUUCUCAAGACAGCAAAUGUCACUCUCGAAACAGCCGAGUUCAGGAGCGAGGAGUACUGCAGUCAGCAGCUUCCCAGCAAUGGACAGCUGGGCUACUACACGACGCUAAAUCAAUAUGAAAGAGGGCUGCUACAGAAGAUCAAAGAAUGGAAUCGUUUUGCUGCAAUCUUGACUCGGGCGACCACCAUUAUUCGACAAGGGCGACCGUCUGAUUUGGAUCGAGUCAACAUCACAUUUGGCCUACUCAUGGCUCAAAUUCACUUCUUUACCGGUUCAAGCUCCCACCAAACACAUCUCUCCCCACAAUGA